UUUUUGAAAAAUUCUUUUAUUUUAGUAAAAAAAAGGUAAAAAUAAUAGUGUUUUAACCAUGAAAAUUUCAAAUACAAUUUGAAAUUAUAUUUGAAAAAGUGAAAACAAGAAAAAUUUAUUCUCAAAAUUUCCAAAACAAUUUUAAUUUAUAUAUAUUCAUAUCCAAACACGAUUCCAAUUCCUGCUGUAUUUUCAACUCCAAAAAAUUAUAUUUUCAUGACCAAAUAUGACCAUGAAAAUUUGUUUUUUUGAAAAAUUGAGUUGUUUUCAUUCUUUUUUUAACUCCAUUUUUACUAUGACUUGAUAAAAAAGCAUUUUGAAUGUAUUGAAUUGAAGAAAAAUGGAGAAAGUAAUGAAUGUAUUGAAGCCGAAACCGAAUCCUCAACAACUAUUGAGGGAUUGGCAACGCAGGCUCCGACAAGAAUGUCGGAAUAUUGAACGUCAAAUACGAGAUAUAAAAAGAGAGGAGACGAAAGUACAGAAAGCAAUUAAAGAAGCAGCUAAAAGAAAUGAUAUGGGUUCUGCCAAGUCGCUUGCUAAAGAGAUUGUGAGAUCUCAAAGAACUGUGAACCGAUUAUACGAGAACAAGGCGCAGUUGAAUUCAAUAUCCAUGCACCUUGGAGAAAGUGUCGCCAUUGCUCGCACAGUGGGACAUUUGUCUAAGAGUGCUGAAGUCAUGAAGCUCGUCAAUAAUCUUAUGAAGGCUCCUGAAGUGGCAAUUACAAUGCAGGAGUUUAGUAAAGAAAUGACCAAGGCUGGUGUCAUGGAAGAAAUGGUAAAUGAUGCAGUAGACAGUGCCCUGGAUUCAGAAGACAUGGAAGAGGAGAUUGAAGAAGAAGUUGACAAGGUCUUGACUACAAUUGCUGGUGAGACUACUGCACAACUUCCUCAAGCAGUCCGAAAGGAGAAGUUAAAGCAACCAGCACAGGCAGUGGAGGAUGCAGAGGACGACGAGGAGGAUUUAGAAGAACUAAGGGCACGUCUUGCUAAAGUUAGAUCCUAACUGAUUUUUAAAUUGACUUGCACUGCCACUAAGGCUUCAAUGUAAAAUAUGUUAGCGUGUGAAACUCAAACCUCUUAUAUGGUCUGCCGAGCUGCAUCUUCUAUCUGGAAGAGAGGAUAGUAGAGUACCUUCUGUAUCUUAGAAUCGAUACUCGUGACAUCUUGUAUUGAUUAUCAAUGUGAGUUCUAAUCUUUUUCUCUUUGCC